CGCUCCAUGCGCGCGAUGUGUUCACGGGCAUCCGCGCUGCGCAGUCACUGCGCAGAUCACGCGCUCCACUACCAGGGUGUUGUUUUGACCACGGAUUGGAAUAGUAAAAGCACUUUAUUUUUGCUGGGGAUGGAGGUGGACUGUACGCCCGAGGAGCUGUGUAAGUGCUCGUAUGAGGAGCGCUGUGUGGAGCUGGGAGAGGUGAAGGACAUGAGGCUGGAGGCUGAGGCGGUGGUCAAUGAUGUGCUCUUCGCGGUCACAGACAUGCACGUCUCUCACAGUCUCACCAGCGGACUAGAUGUGGCCUAUAUAAACGUGGAAAUCAGAGAGGGAACCCGCUACUGCUUAGAGCUCACCGAGGCAGGGUUAAGGGUGGUGGGCUACAUCUUUGAUCAGGUGGACGAGAGCUUGAACACCCAGUAUCAUGAGACUGUUUACUCACUGCUGGACUCCCUCAGCCCUGGAUAUAGAGAAGCGUUUGGAAAUGCUCUGCUACAGAGACUGGAGAGGCUCAAACAGAAUGGACAGUGAGGGGUUCAGUAUCGUUCAGAAUAUCUUUGCUUGCAAACGGUUCUAUCAAAUCCAGCGCCGCUCUCAGCUUAAAGCAUCGGUGGUACCUUUAUCAGUUUUUAGCCUGUGAUAUGUUUUAACAGACCUUCUUGGUGUUCAUUUGACAAACUGACUUGCCUGUGAUGUUUUAAAGUAUUUUACUAUAAUUUAGAGAGGUAUCAUUGGAGGCAGUGCUAUAACACAGUGGGCCCAGAUGAAUACUCAGUUUUUUUGUUUUUUUAACGUUUAUGCAAGUGGAAUAACCCCCAGAAAUAGCGAUGUGCUGUUUCAAAGACUAUGGGUACACUGAAAUCUUUUGUUAACAUACAAGUGAUAUGAUUUUGUAUUAACUGGGUCCUGCAAAAUGAGUUUUAGAGCUCCAUACUGUAUUUCCGUCAGCAUGGCUCUUUAAAGUAUUGUCAUUAAACACAGAUCAGAUGCCUUACUACUUUCAUUCAAAUGUCUAGUUUAACCUGUCUACAGGAAAGUGGUUGUCUGAAAAAAAUAUCCUGAUACAUUCACUUUCUUCUCUUGCUAUUGAUAAUGUAUCAGACUCCAUUUGUAACUGUAAGAAUGUCUAUUGCUUCCUUGUUUUCUUUCUCAAUCUGUCAAAAACAGGAGAAAGGACUGAUGAGCCAAAACAUGGUGGUGAUAUCCAUCCACCUCUUCCAAAAAAAAGUAUUUUUGAAGAAAAUGAAGACAUUCAUCAUGCGGUUUCUUAAAAAAAGGUGCAUUUUAGCACCGAAACCGAAGCUUUUUACUUCUAUUGAUUUGAGUUAUGAGUUGAGCAGAAUCUUUCCCUGCAAUUACAUUACAGCAUGUUUAUGUAGAGGUCAAUGUUCAGCUUUUUAUUGUAAUGAGAAAGACAUUUCCUGUGGUUUCCUAUAGUUCUAUAUCAAAUUAUAUGUAUUGGCAUUUAAUUUAAUUUUUUUUUUUUUUUUUUUUGAGGAUGAAAGUUUGUUAUGUAGAACUAUUGAUUAACUGGUUAAAACACUGCAUAUCGAUACUGCGCAGAAUUGCACUAAAGGUAAAGAAGCAGCCGUUAUCUGAAUUUGUUUAAAAGGGCUGCAUAAACAAAAUGCUACAAAGUUACAUUCCAUUUCUUUUAAGUUUAGAACAGCAUUUAAAUCUUAAAUAAUGCAUACAGGAAGUUCUUGUAUGAUGGGUUUCUACCUCAUGUUAUUUUUAUUUUGGCCAUCUUUAGCAUGCCUGUGAAAUGAAUUGAAAAUGGCCAAUGAACACAAGUGGUCCUCUGGUUAAGAAAUCCCUGUCCUAUCUCUGUCCCCCCCCCCCAAUUUAUCUGUUAUAAAGGAUAAAUUAUAACAUCCUUAUAAUUUAAAGAAUGUUUUCUCAGACAACCAAGAGGAAACUGAGUAUGACGUACAUGGCACAAAUAACUUCUGUACCUGAGAGAGA